CCCCAAUUAAGUCGCGAGGUAAACAGUGUACGUCCACGUAUACAGAAAAGCCGUAGGUACCAGUGACAGGAUAAACUAUUUAGCCACCGGCCUGAUAGGAAAUAACCUUUGACUGCAAAUAUCAAUAUAUCUGUUAUCUGUGAUUGGAGUGUUUGUCUUUAAGUACGCAUUGUCAUUGUCAUUGACGAUACAUUUCCCACAAUUUCCAGGUUAGAUUUAGCAUGCCGAACGGCGGUGGAUACGUUAGGUCUCCGGUAUUCGACUCUCGGGGAAGCUCAGGCAGCAGUGGUAGUGCGGCAAUCGUCGGGAGCCGCUUAAUCUCACCUCUCAUGCGACCGAAGAUUGCAAUUGUAGUUGGCGCAAUCAUGCUUUUAUUUUUAUUAUAUCUCCUCUUACCGAACUCGCCAGCAACUGGCCAAAGUUUCAGCGCCAAUGUCCCGUUUCAGGUCAACCAGGCAGCUUUUGUAUACAACAAUACCUAUCCUAUGUCAGCAGUGGAGAGAACUGUAGAUGGCAGAAAAUACAAGAUUGCUGUUAUUUCAGAUCCUGACACUACAAAUAAAGAUCCUAAUAAAGAAAACCAAUGGAUGAGUUACUUGAUCCGGGGGUCGCUGUCUAUCAGCUCCUAUGGAGACAAGAUUUCAGUGAACUUGGAUGAGAAACCUGUGACGCUGAAAUCCCAGCUUUCGCAGGGUGGGCGGGGCAUGGAACUCUCCGAGUUGGUCACAUUCAAUGGAAAGCUAUACACUGUAGAUGAUCGGACUGGCGUCAUCUAUGAGGUUGCAGGGGACAAAGUCUUCCCCUGGGUUAUUCUGCCAGACGGAGAUGGGAAGAAUACCAAAGGUAUGAAAGGUGAAUGGAUGGCUGUCAAGGACCAGCACUUGUUUGUUGGUGGACUCGGUAAGGAAUGGACAACCAUAACAGGAGAGCUCGUGAAUCUCAAUCCGCAGUGGAUCAAGGUCAUAGGUCAUCUAGGUGCUGUUCACCAUGUCAACUGGGUCAGCAAUUACAACGCUAUGAGAAACAAGGGUGGAUUCCCAUACCCAGGGUACAUGAUCCAUGAAUCGGGCGUUUGGAGCAACAUCCACCAAAGAUGGUUCUUCCUUCCUCGACGUGCCAGCACCGAGAAAUAUGAGGAGACUGCGGACGAGCACCGCGCCACCAACCUUCUCUUCACGUGCAACGAAUUCUUCACGGACGUGCGCUUCAGCAAGAUUGGUUCGCUGAUCAGUGUUCGUGGGUAUUCGUCUUUCAAGUUUGUCCCAGGUACAAAUGAUCAGGUGAUCGUUGCGCUGAAGACGGAAGAAGAUGCAGGCAAGAUCGCUACAUUCGUCACAGCAUUCAACAUUGAUGGCAAGAUCCUGAUGCCGGAUAAGAAAUUUGCAGACAUCAAAUAUGAAGGAAUAGAAUUUGUAUAAUGAUGAUUUGCUUAUAUUCAUUAUAUGAUGAAAACAUUACCUUGAUUUUAAAAUUAAUUUAAAUUCAGCAUGAGUUUGAUAUCAAUCCAUUUCAAUUGAUUUACAGUAAAAAAAUAAAAUAAAAAGGGUAUGGCUUAAGUCGUAAUUUAAAGAAAAUUAUUUCAUGUGACUUUAAAAGAGUGUAAUUUUUUUUUUAAAGAAAAAAGGGUACAUCACCAGUUCACCACUACAUCACUUCAUCUGAACUAUUCAUUCAAUGGUACCAUUAAGUCCGGAAGACAUAGAAUUUGCUUCAUGAAAAUAAAUUACGUAAACCAGGUUUGAAUAUAAAUUUCUUUAAGAUUGUUAAAGUGAUUGGAGACAUUAAUUCUGCAGUUCACCAAAUGUUAUCCAAAAAGAGAAUAUCAUCAUUUUUAUAUUGAUCAAUUAGAAUAAUUGAAAUUCUAGAAAAACUACAUACAUGUAGGCCUUUAACAGUUUCUCUUUUCUGUUGUUUCAUAUUUAUCAUGAUUGUAUAAAAAGUGUCUUUCUCUGCAGUAGAUGAAUAUAUUUUUACAUUUUUUGUAAAUUUGGGAUCUAAUAGUAUACUGAUAUAUUAUUCAUUAGGUACAUAAGUUGUUAGAAUUUUGAAUAUUUAAUGCCUAUGUAUGUACAGUACUGUACAUGUAAAUUGGUAUUGUAUACUGCCUAGCCUUCAAUGGAGGUUUAUGAAAUUAGUAGAGACAUCAACUUCUGACACUUUAUUUUAUUCAAAUUAACUAAACCCAACUAGACCCAACAAUUUUGGCAACCUACUUGCUGAUUUCAUGCAAUAUGUGUCCCAUUAAAUAUAACGUCUAUCUAAAUAUUUCAUCCAUGAAUGUGAAAUCUCUGGGCAUGACUAUGAAUAGCGAUACCAGAAAGCACAUUACUGAAUGGUAAUGUCAUGAGAUUCUUUCUUUCUUAUUGUUGAUGAAAUAUAUGUAGAAAAGACCUACGUCGUACAGAACACAAUGCAUGGAAUUGCCCUAGUGGAAGUGUACAGUAUGUAGUUCUAUCAGUGAGACUCAAUUGUGUGUAGAGUGUAGACAUUACUUUUUUUUAAACAGAUGAGAUAGAAUAGAGUGUAAAUUUUCCCCAAAUUUGUUGCUAUUCUGUAUGUUAUGGCUGAUAUCCUUAUUUGUGAGUAGACAAGGUUGUCACCUAGCAAAUAAGAAUACCUGGUAUAGGGCUCCACACUUACAGGCACCUCAGGUCGUAUUCACAAAAGGGGUUUAAAAUUUAACCGACCAUCUAAACCAAGGUUUAAAUGGUUUAAACCCCCCCCCCCACCCCCUAAGUAUGAAGAAGCAAACAGAAGUGUAUGUAUUGCCCAAAUAUUGAAAAUGAGAGCAUGCAUCUUAUCUACUACGUUUAUGAAGGUUUAAACCACAAGUUUUAACUGGAUGAUACCAUUUUGUUGAAUCCAGGCCAUGGGCACCAAAAUGUUAGUCCUGACCCCCAAGUUUCAAAAUGGAGCUCAUAUAGACCCUGGAUAUUUCACCCCCCCCCCCUCCCGAAAAAUGUUUGUGUGGAUCCCUGUCUUGUGGGAACUCAUACUGCUGCUGAAGUCAUUUAUUUUAAUAAUUUGUGUAUGUGUAGGCUUUAUUUUAUUCUAUGAAAUCAUGAACCUGCAAUGAAUGAACUAGAUAUUUUAUAUGGUCUAUAUGACCUAAUCCUUUUAUUUUCUGUUUGCUAUCAUUAUCUGUCCACUAUCUUUAUCUGUCCACUUUUGCAAUUGUUCUGUACUGUAUUAUGAUUUAUACUUAUAUGUAUAAUUUGUUUUUAAUUGUUCAUGUUCAGUAUCUGAGAUUAACCUAUGGUAUUUUACAUGUUUAUUAUUUGAUGUGUAUUAUCUGAGGUGUCCGCGUGUGUUCUUUAAUGAAGAAGGCUACAAAUUUACUGAUUUAUGCAGAAAUGUUUUGGGAGCUACGUGCAUUUGCAGGCGACCUCUGAAAUGCAGUCUGAGUGCAUCUGGUAUGUCAGGCAUGCAUAACCAUUAUUAAAGUUCACCACUACUUUUAUUUUUGAUCUUAACAAUUGCACAUUGUGGAAUAUAUUGGAAAACCUUAACUGCAUAAAUUGCACUCUGUAUCUAUUGUUGACAGAAAGGAUUUCAUGUACUGUGCAGUAAUGUAUUUUAUACUGGUCCUCAAUUUCAUUUACAAAGAUCUUUAAUUAAGCUUGCGUCAGUAAAUCAGUCACUGCAAUUAGGGCAAGUCCAAGGCUUCAAGCUAUUUCUCCAAUACAUUACCGACCUCAAGUUUUGGACAUAUUUCUGAGGAUUGUAUUGAUUUACUAGCCCUACUAGGGCCUAAAUCAGGCCAAUUAUCAAUUAUCAUGAUGAGUAACGUGACACGUAUGGGGCAUUAUAUGACCAGAUACUGUAGAUUUGCCCAUAAUCGAUGCAGGCCAUAUCAGUAUGUAAAUACUAAUUUUUCUUCAUUAAAGAAAAGAAAUAUAUUAAUGGUGUACAUAAUGUACCUAUCUUUUUAUACAGUGUCUAUGUGUGUGUGCAUGAAGACUGUAUAUAACAUUCUGCUAUCUCUGAAAGUAAUUAAAUCCAAUAAUGCAUUCUUA